AGUGUGUAGUCAGUCUUCAGCUACAUCAGAUGCAAGGUACCUUGUAUUGUUGACUGGAGCGCGAUCUAGAGAUCUGCUGUUGUAACAUACUCAAGGAAUUCAUUUUCAAUGUGGCAUUACCUCACAUCAUCCUAUAUGUAACAGGCUUAGUGGCACGUUAGCUAGAUGUAGCUAGUGGAGAAAUGGUGCAACAGAUUAAUUGAAAAAGGUACAUGUGACACACCAACCAUGAUGCCUUACAAUCCAGGGUCUGCAUCAGCACCAGGAUCAAGCUCUCAUUCAAAACGACGCAAAAAGCGGCCAAUCCAUGGGACCAAGACAGUGUCGGUAACAAGGGGGCGGUCAGGAUAUGGGUUUACAAUAUCCGGACAACAUCCAUGUGUAUUGAGUUGUAUUGUGGGAGGAAGUAAGGCAGAGGAGGCAGGACUUAAGGCUGGUGACUAUCUAGUAUCUGUUAACAACGAAAACGUCACCAAGGCUCCUCAUGACGAUGUCGUCAGAAUGGUUGGUAUGUCAACUGGGACUCUGACCUUACAGGUGGCAGAGAACUAUAACAGUUCUGAUUCAUCUGACGAUGAGUACCACCAUAGGACUAAGGCACGGUACCCGAACCGUGUAAGGACACGAGCACCUGGAGUAGGGGGCAGUCGUCAUGGUGACAAAAUAUUGGGAGAAUGUAACCAAAGAGACAAACACAGCUUUGGAGGUGAUCACAGACACAACAAGGACAGUCAUCUUCACAGAUACGAACAUUCCAAUUUUAAGUUCACAUCUGCCAUUAAGCCACGCCUUCAUACGCCAGUAGGGGCGGAGAAUACAUAUAAAGCACCUACCAAUCACAGUACACCUCUGUUAGCUGGGUCGUGGUCUGUUGAUAAGCAAAGUACUGUGGCUUCAGUUCAUGCAACUCCUGCCUUCAACUUUCAGGCCAAACAGGCAAUCGUAAAGAGCACCGCGCAGAGUGCAAGAGAACCAAGACAGAGACCUGUGGGUAGUCGUCAUAACUACCACUCUCGUCAACCAAAAGAUCAUGCACAUUUUAACACUUCACUAGCAGGGUCUAGCAUAAGUGCCAUCAUGAAAACAUCUGUUACUAACACCACUGCCAACAAUGCUUUCAUCGCAAUGGAAGAUGAUGAUGAGGAUGGUGAUGACGAAGAGAGUUUGCUUAAUGCUGAUACUGAGAAUGUGAGAGUUGUUGUUGGAUAUAUUGGGUCAAUAGAGAUGCCAAGUGACGCUAAUAAACCUCAUAUCAAAAUUCAGUCCAUACGCAACGCUGUGAGGAGACUACGGGUGGAACAGAAGAUACACACCCUUGUUCUGAUGGAGGUCACAGAGGAUGGGGUUAAAUUGACCAAUAGUAUGGGGACCACGGUCGCACACUAUCCUGCUGACCGAUUGACAUUUAGUGGCAUCUCUCCUGACGACAAACGAUUCUUUGGCAUUGUGACGUUACACAGUACGAGCAGUGAUGAUGCCAGUAGUGAUAAUGGCAGUCAGGAGGAAUCGACUCCCAGUGGAUCUUGUCAUGUGUUCAUGGUGGACUCAGAAAUGAGGUCACACAAUAUGCAUGCGGCAAAGGCAAAGACAUUUGGAAUUGCGUGUACGAGUGGCGGCGAGAGACAAAGCUGCAAUGAGUUCCCCAAGUCUGCCACGCCUGUCAUCAUGGCUAUCACAAAUCUGUACAAAAAUCGCCCUGGUGUUAGUCUUGACAAUGAGGUUGCCUUGUCUCAGGCUUUUGCUGACCCCUCAAGGGCUGUCGAGCGUAGCCAUAGCAACAGUAGUAAUAGUGACAGUGGUCUUGGCUUUGGGCGAGAUGAGGCAUCGAAUAAUGAUAACGUUUAUGUGGUGGACAUGCCACCGCCGCCGGGUCCACCACCCACACCACAGCAACCCAUACACAAUGGCAUGCAUGCUCACAUAAAUCAUUCCUCACCUGACAACCAAUGUAUGCCCACACCUAUACGCGACACCCAUAAAAUGUUCACACACCCAGAUAUCAGGGCACGCCUCAAUGUAUCCGUGUGUAGUACAGAUGAUAUACAUUUUAUGAAAACAAAUUCCAACGAUAAACUGAACAUUAGGGCUAUGCCUGACCCGACCUUGACCCCAGGGGCCAGAACUCAUUCCAGUGAUGGUCUUGACAUGCACAACAGUGCAGCCAGUAUGAGGGUCAAUACCCAAAAGAUCCUUAAGGCUCAGAGAACACCAAUGUCCAGUCAAGGGAUCAGUAGUGACCAGGAGUCAUCGACCUCUCAGGGAAGUGACAUAUACCGGUCAGCGUCCAACCCUGACCUUCACCGACCUUCAGAUAUGAACAGACCGAUCUCUGCCCCAAGUAAACAGUUUUGGGAUGAUAGCUUCACCAGGGAGUCUCGGAACAAAGCAGAGGCAGUUGAUUUGGACGGUAAAAAGUUAAGCCCAAGGGCCUUUCUUCCACCCCCGUUUCAUCAGCUGCGGUCACCCUCGGCCCCACCCACUUUUAAUAACUCCUUUGUUGAUGACCCAGCCAACACCAGUUGCAUGGGGGGUCUCAUUGAGCAGUUUGAGCAGAAUAGCGCCCUUAGAAUAUCGUCCCCGGCAGAGACCAACAGGAAAUAUGAUGUCGAGACUAAAAGGAAAUCGAGAGAGAAAGAACGCACGACUGUAGAUGAUUCGGGCGAAAGAUGGGCCAAACCACACAACAUCCGGCACCGAAAGAUGUCUCGGUUACAGCAACCCCUCAGCCAUUCGCACGAGUCACUUGUGGCCAUCGAGCAGGAAGUCUUGUCCCAGCGGCUGUCCACAGCAAGCAGUGCCAACAACAUCAACGAUCAUUUGGACGAGGAUGAAAAAGAGGAAGAGGAAAUAGGCAGGAUUGCAGGAUGGGCUGUUGGUUUUGAGAAAAUGUUAGGCGAUGUAGGAGGGUUGGCAGUUUUCACAGAAUUCCUUAAGAAAGAAUUCAGCGAGGAGAAUAUCAUAUUUUGGAGAAUAUGUGAGCAGUACAAAAGUGUUUGUGACAAUGACAAGCGAAAAGUAAAGGCCAAGGAUAUCUUCGCUAAACAUAUAUCUGUAAAAGCAUCUGAUCCUGUUAACAUUGACCAUGUUGCUCGGCAACAGGUAGAGAAACAGCUUGAUCAUCCAAACAUCCAUACAUUUGAUAAACCGCAGCAAGAGAUCUUUAAGCUGAUGAAACAGGACAGCUACCCACGUUUCCUGAAGUCUGAACUCUAUAAGACCUACCUGAUGAGGGAGAUGGGGGGUGAACCCUUGGGUCUACCUAAGGAUGAUUUUCAGGGCAUCCUGGGUGCCAAGGAACUCAAGGAGGAAAAGAAAAAGGCAGCAAAGAACAAAGAUACAGAAGACAAGGAGAAAAGGAGACGGUCUCUGUUACCAUGGAGACAAAAGAGCAGUAAAAAUAACCUGAAAACCACAUCAGAUUCUGAUCUGAAGAAAAACAGCAGCAAAACAGCUUCAUCAACAACGACGCAAAAGGAGUCCGAAGUAAAUAACAAUACAACCAGCACACAGAAAAAGGUAGCACCAGGACCCGGGAUUGAUCUCAGUACUAUACGCAAGGAGGUUCAGGCUAGCACUAAAGAGUCCAAGGAAGCUAAGGAGGCUGAUGACAGCGUUAAGUUUUGUCGUGUGAUUUUACCAGACGGUUCAACAACAGUGGUGUGUGCAAAGCCAGGCCAGCGUAUCCGGUCGGUUCUCGGCAAGCUUUGCGACAAACGCAGCCUUUCUAUAGCUGCCGUUGACGUGUUCCUUUUGGGCUCAGACAAGCCCCUCGACCUCUCAGAAGACAUAUCAACGUUAGGGUCACGAGAGGUCAUGAUUGAGAGACGUGUGUUGUUCCGUAUGGAUUUACCUAACAGGAAGUCAAUAGGAGUGAAAGCCAAACCAAACCGAUCCAUCAGAGAUGUGUUCAAACCUAUACUUAACAAGUAUGGCUUCAAGCUCGACAACAUAUGUGUUCAGCUGUCUGGACAGCCAGGAACGGUAGACAUUGAUGCACAGGUGUCCAGCAUUGACAACCAAAGGGUGCUCAUCAAACACCUUGAGGAAGUUCUAGCCAUCAGUAGAAAUGAGGGGUUUCGGUCCACGUCUAAAAGGACACCGCUAGUGGUUAAAUAUCCCCCCGAUUUCCAUGUUAACUCCGAUCAAGAAAGCACCUCUCUUGAUGUGAUUACAAAUCGCAUAUUUGAAGAUUUAAUGAGGGGAAAAUCUGAGAUGGCUCAUAACUUUGAUGAACUUGGAAUUCUAGAUCCUGAGAGCUCUCCACAGGUUCCGCGGAAAGGCAGCGGCGAUCAUCGCUCUUUGGGUUUAUUUGGCCUCCUGAGAAAAGAGUCCCAGGCAGCAAAGGUAGCAGACAUGCCCAAAGUGAAGAGCAAGCACAAAGUUACGUUUAACUUACAGAAGAAUCAAACUCGAAAGGCUGAAACCCAAGAGGAUGACCGUUUUCUGGACCUGCUUUCCAAAGUCCAGAGUGGUCGUCUAGAUGACCAGCGGGGACUGGACACACAGAAUUCAGAGAUACCAGAAUUUUUGCGGAAUAAAGCCCCUCAUCCGUCUGGGCGGAAGAGUGCUCCACCCAUUCUUAGCGGAGGUAGAGCCCAAGCAGACGACUAUGUAAAGAACAAUCAUGAAAAGUAUGUGUCUUACACUCGUGGGCAGAUGAUGACACGACCUUCCUCCGUGUCUCUGGACUCCAUGACCUUUGACAGACGCAACAGCAACAUAGACAAGGAUCAGUUUGAGAGUCAGGACUUUGAUUCGUUAAAUCCUGAAUCACCUGCAGAUUCUGUCCAGCACGGAAAUCAGAGUUUUAGCUCCGAUGGUGUUAUUCCUUCCAAUGCAGAGGCUCAAGAUUUUUUCCAAGCCCCUGUCCCUGAGUGUGCAGACUUUGAUGAUCCUCGUAUGGCAGAAAAAAGUCUGCGUGAUAUUGGGUUUGACUAUAGUUUUAACAUGUACCAGGCGAAGGCCUGGGGUUAUUCACGUCACAGUCCCUACGCCCAACAGAAAUUAUCGUCGCCGGGAAAUGCAAUGGCCACAGAGGAGGAUGAAACUUUCCUCGACGACACACUCACACCAAACGACCCUGACUUUGAUAAUACAUUGAUAAGUUCACCUGUUCAGGGUCACAUAAGGUCAUUAUCAGUACCAGUAUCACUUCAUACUCCAGCAAAUAAAGGUGGCAAAUCAAGAGAAAAUGGACUCGUUCAGACAAGUACGCCCCUCAUGAAAUCGGACAUAGUGCAAACAAUCACUCCUCGCUCACAGAAGUCGGAGAUCAGAGGUGGAGUUAGUGACGUAACGUCCAACAAAACUUACAGUCCAAGUGGUAGUCAUAGUUCAGCGUUCCGCCAACCCACCUCGCAAAUAAUGUCACCGCCCUCUGACAAUAAGCCAUUGAUCAUUGACCUUGAAACGAACAUCACAUUUGUCUGAACCAGUAGUGGUCAAACAAGACCUUGUUACUGGUCAUUCAAAGGGAAUAGCGGGAACUAUUUUUCGCCCCUUUCCUGUUUUUCUGUUCAAUGAUGUAUAUAUAUAUAUUAUUAUUUCAAUUUCAGGAAAAAUGUCUCAGUGCUAUUUGGCCAUGGAGUACAGAAAUGUUUGAUGUCUUGAAUAAGUUACUCUGUUAGUUGUUAUUUCCUGUUCAAUCUUUGUUCUUUAAUCUGGGAAUAAAUUGCAAUUGGAACAGAAAUUAUGUACCAUAUAUCUUUUUAUAAAGUUAAUUUUUCACAUAAAAAUAAAGAAGUUCAUAGGCAUGAAUUUAAUCUGUAACACAUUUUCUAUUUUUAUUAAUUUAAAAUGUAACUAUGCUAUUUUGGAACACUAAAAAAUGUGGUUGUCACAUUUGAAAUUUAGUUCACACUUUCUCCUGUGACAACAGUUUAUUCAUUACUAAGCCAUGUGGAAUUACAACAAUCUUCCCCUACCUUGAGGGUAUGAGAGAAAUGUUGAUUAACCCGAAGGGUGACAUUCGUGAUUGUCUACUCCGAGAUUUGCUUGAAGACUAGGAUUAUAAUACAUUUAAGAAUCUCACCCAUUGGGUUAAGAUUUCUCCGAUAUACCAUCAACAUAAGGAAUGAUUCUUUCAAUAAUAUGUUUGAAAACAUUGUUUAUCAGAAUUUGUAAUCUGUAAAUCUGGUUUGGAUGUCAUGACACAUUGUUCCCCUGCCGUCAUUGUAUUGUAUUUUCGAAACGUCAACUGUCUUACCCUAGGGGAUUACAGAGAAAUCUUGAGCAAGUACAGACCUUUCUGUUUAAUGCGCUCCUGUCUUUAUGGGGGUGGGCUUAUUAGCAGGCAUGGGUUUAUUACCGGUAAAUACGGUAAUCCACAUUCCGCUGGUGAAUUCAGGAGCUAUGUCUUUGUAAAAGGUGCUAUAUUUUGUAAAAUAUUUCAGUAUGAUUGGGAUAAAAAUGUAAAAUUUGAAGGAAUGGAGAUAUAUUUUAGAUUUAUCUAGAUAAAAACGGUAAUGGGUAGCCACAGUGUAGUUUGUAUGUAUGUUGAGACCGAGAGCUAGCUUAGUUAGUGUUGUAUGGACAGAGAUUGAGUGAACUGGUAAGAUUGAUCAUUGUUAAAUGAUGACGAAAUUAUUGUUUGCAAAUGAAAUUGAGGGCUAGAUUAAGAUUUCAUAAAAGUUAGUGGAGAAAGUCCUGAAAGUCUUUUAAAUGAUGUAAAAAGGAUCAUCUCUGCACAUUAGUUGAAGAUUUAAGGUAAGGUUCUUAUCCAGGAGAAACAAAUUUUCCAGCCAAUAGCAAAGCUAAUGUUAUAUAAGGUAGAGUCACAUGAUACAAAUAUCAUAGUAUGCGAUCAGAUUGAGACGGAGGAUCUGAAUGUUUAAAAUGUGAAAUUAGUUAGGUUACCAUGGUAGCUGUGUGUGAAGUUUUGUAAACUGUUGUGAAUUUAUGUUAUUGUUUUAAAAUAUUUAAUUUUUUAAUUUUAUGAUGAUGAGUACUGAAUAAAGUAUGUGAUAAACAGCC